AUGACGCGGAGUGUGAACCCCGAGAAGUUUCUUUGUGCGCCAGAGAUUGGGCUUCAGAUUGAGAACUUAGAUCUGCACAUCAAGGCAGGGUCCAAGCAGGAGCACACGCUUCUUCUCGACAUGAAGGAUGGUGGGGGAUGGCCGAACGGUGUCAGAGGCAGCAGUGAAAUUGAGCCGCAGCACGUCCUGAAGCGCACUGCAGUGGCACUCUGCGGAGGCAUCCAGCCAGAUAUCGCGCUCAGUUUCCUCACAAAUGAGACAAACGUAGCGAUGGGACUGUCUGGACGGUUUGAGAUGACGGCGCCGCGCAGGCUGCACGUCGAGAGUCUUUCUGAGCUGCGCACUGAGACGCUGCCAAGACGGAAAGCUGUAAACCGCGGCCCCGAAGUCCCUGCUAGGCAGCUCGUCUUCUCGGGCACCGAGUUGCGUGGCAUGCGGGCACAGGAUGCGGAAGCGUCAGGGCCGCCGUCAUCAGCGGAGAAUGGCAGCUCGGAAAGAGCGCCAGGUCAGUGGUAUGAGAGCGAGAUGUUGACAUGGGUACAAGCGCGGCAAGGGCUUCCGGAGAGCGAUUCCCAGCCAGGGGGCGACGAAGGUGGCGAGGAACUUAAGAGGAGCCUGUGCGCUUUGCAGCCAAGGAGUACCUUAUUGAUGCGAGGCUGUUGUGGAGGUGCUGUGCAACAGCUAUAG